GGCUCACACAUUUCUGAUAAAGAUACACCGACACGCGAGCGAAGAGACGUGCGAGUUAGCCUUCAUCUGGAUCAGCAUCCUUAUCAUCAUCAUCAUCAGCAGCAGCAGCAGCAGCAGCGGCGGUGACCACGGCAUCAUCGACAGGGAGAACCUGAGACAAAGAGAGAGAGAGAGAGAGACGGACGAUCAAACAACAGAUUCACACGGUAGAGAGAGAGAGAGAGAGAGAGAGAGACAGGCCUGCAGCCGCUCCUCCGCCUGUCUGUGAUGGCCGACCACAACCACAUGUUCCCGUGUGUCUGCUGAGUGUCUGCAGGUGGGUGUGUUCUGUGUCUGUACUGAGCGUGUGCGUGAGCGAUGGGGAACGCCGAGAGCAUGGAGAGCCAGCUGGCCGUGAUCCGGUCCAGAGCCGCUCCAGUUCGACUGCCGAUGCCUGACCCAGCAGAGCUGGAGGAGAGAUUCUCCAUCGCACUGAAUUCCAUGAACCUGCCUCCUGAUAAGGUGCGUCUGCUUCGUUCCUAUGACAACGAGAAGAAGUGGGAGCUGAUCUGUGAUCAGGAGCGGUUUCAGGUGAAAAACCCUCCACACACUUACAUUCAGAAACUGAGAGGCUUCCUGGAUCCUGCAGUAACACGCAAGAAGUUCAGGAGAAGAGUUCAAGAGUCGACUCAGACACUCCGAGAGCUAGAGAUUUCCCUUCGCACCAACCAUAUCGGGUGGGUCAGAGAGUUUCUUAAUGAGGAGAAUCGAGGUCUUGAUGUUCUUGUGGAGUAUUUGUCCUUUGCUCAGUACGCUGUCACGUUUGAUGGUGAGCAAUCGGAGGAUCGAGCUGAAGUAUCGUCCAUUGACUCUCCCUGGAGUCGGUCGAUUGAGGACCUCCAUGGAGACUGCAGCCUUCCCUCCCCCUCCUCGUCAGCACCCCGAGCGGCUCGCCACUCCAUCAGUUCCACUCUAGUCACUCGCUCCAAUACUCUGCCAAGUCGUCGAACUCUGAAGAAUUCCCGACUCGUCUGUAAGAAAGACGACGUUCACGUUUGUGUCAUGUGCCUGAGAGCCAUCAUGAACUACCAGUAUGGCUUCAACAUGGUGAUGUCACAUCCUCACGCCGUCAAUGAGAUCGCCCUGAGCCUCAACAACCGGAACCCUAGGACGAAGGCGUUGGUGCUUGAGUUGUUGGCAGCGGUCUGUUUGGUCAGAGGAGGUCAUGAGAUCAUCCUUUCGGCCUUUGACAACUUCAAGACGGUGUGUUCAGAGUCGAUGCGUUUUGAGAAGUUGAUGGAGCAUUUUAAGAAUGAAGACGACAACAUCGACUUUUUGGUGGCCUGUAUGCAGUUCAUUAACAUCGUGGUUCACUCAGUGGAAGACAUGAACUUCAGAGUUCACCUGCAGUACGACUUCACCAAGCUGAACCUGGAUGAACACCUGGAGCGGCUAAAGCACACGGAGAGUGACAGGCUGCAGGUGCAGAUUCAGGCUUACCUGGAUAACGUGUUUGAUGUAGGGACCCUGCUAGAGGACGCCGAGACCAAGACAGCCGCCCUAGAGCGAGUUGAAGAGCUGGAGGAGAAUCUGACCACGAUGUCGGAGCGCCUCCUUGAUGUGGAGAACGAGGCGAUGCUGAAGAUCGUUGAGCUCGAGAAACAGCUGAUGCAGACCAACAAGGAGCUGGACCACAUCCGGGAUGUGUAUGCCAGUGCCAACUCCCAGGUGCACACGCUGCGGCGGAUGGUUAGGGAGAAGGACCAGACUAUUCGGCGCCAGAGUCGUUUAGAGCGUCAGGCUCAGGAGGCACAGCAGGCCGGAGGACCUGGAGGUCCACAACCACAGCGAGGGGAGGGGGAUGGGGGAGUGUCUGACUCUGCCUCCCCAUCACCCCCGCCCUGCCCUAACCUGUCCCCAAGUCCUGAGACAGUAGCCUAUCACGGCAUGGGAACUGGCAUGGGUGGAGCUCCAGGAAUGCCGGCCCCUCCCCCUCCCCCCCCUCCUCCACCACCAAUGCCAGGUUCAGUGUCCAACGAGUCGUACCCUGCUCCUCCUCCCCCUGCUCCUCCGCCUCCCCCUCCCCCUCCCCCCCCCUGUCGGACCAGUGAGCUCUCCUCUAACAUCCCCAUGCCCCCCCCUCCUCCCCCUGUGGCCCCCCCUCUUCCAGGUACAGGGGGGUCGCCAACGGUCAUCUUUAACUCUGGACUAGCAGAGGGUCCGCUCAAGUUAUUCUCGGUCAAGAUCAAGAAGCCAAUUCAGACCAAGUUUAGGAUGCCAGUGCUGAACUGGGUUGCUCUCAAGCCAAGUCAGAUCAAUGGAACAAUAUUCAAUGAUAUCGAUGAUGAGGCCAUCCUGCAGGACUUGGACAUGGAGGGUUUUGAGGAGCUAUUUAAGACGAAGGCCCAGGGUCCAGCAGUUGACCUCACAAUGUCUCGUCAGAAAGUUCCUCAGAAGGCAGCUUCCAAAGUUUCUCUGCUGGAAGCAAAUCGAGCCAAAAACCUUGCCAUCACAUUGAGAAAGGCAGGCCAAGGGUCAGAGGUCAUUUGUCGGGCCAUCCAAACGUUUGACCUGCGCACCAUUCGGGUGGACUUUGUGGAAUGUCUGAUGCGUUUCCUGCCAACAGAGGCUGAGGUCAAACUGCUACGGCAAUACGAGAGGGACAGAAAACCUUUGGAGGCUCUGAGUGAUGAAGACCGAUUUAUGAUGCAGUUUAGCCGUAUUGAAAGACUCAACCAGCGAAUGUCCAUCAUGAUCUUCAUGGGCAACUUCAACGACAACGUCCAGAUGUUGACACCGCAACUUCAUGCGAUCAUCGCUGCCUCAGUCUCCAUUAAAUCAUCUCAGAAACUCAAGAAGAUUCUGGAGAUCAUCUUGGCUCUGGGGAACUACAUGAACAGCAGUAAAAGAGGAGCUGUGUAUGGAUUCAAACUGCAGAGUUUAGACCUGCUGUUGGAUACCAAGUCGACUGAUCGGACUCAGACUCUUCUUCAUUACAUCUCUAAUGUGGUGAGAGAGAAAUAUCCUGCCGUGGCAUUGUUUUAUAACGAACUACACUACGUCGACAAGGCGGCUGCAGUGAGUCUGGAGAACGUGCUGUGUGACGUGAAGGAGCUUCAGCGCGGCAUGGAGCUCACCUGGAGGGAGUUCAGCGUCUCACACAACGCCACACUCAAGGACUUCAUCAGCAGGAAUGAGUCACGGCUGAACAAGCUGCAGGAGGACGCACGCAUCGCUCAGGAUGCCUUUGAGGAUGUGGUGAAGUUUUUCGGUGAGAGUUCAAAGACAAUGCCUCCGUCUGUCUUCUUUCCCGUCUUCGUUCGUUUCAUCAAAGCAUAUAGGGUGGCAGAGGAGGAUAACGAGCAGCGACGGCGGCAGGAGCAGAUGUUGUUGGAGAAACUGGAGCAGGAGGAGCAGCAGGAUGAGGAGGCAGAGACUAAGUCCCCCUCUCACAGGGGGCGGAGACAGCAGCAGGAGCUGAUCAGCGAGCUGAGACGGCGGCAGGGAAAAGACAGCCGCCAUGUUUACGAGGGGAAGGAUGGCGCCAUUGAGGACAUUAUCACAGCUCUGAAGACUGUCCCCUUCACGGCUCGAUCUGCCAAACGCAGCUCCAGAUUCUUUUGUGACCCCGCCCACACCGAGGAGCACUACUGAGAGACAUGUCAGAUAGUGAUGACAUCACAAAGAGAGUGAUGACAUCACAGACUGACCUGUAAUUCCACUCAGUCCGUCUCUGCAGCACUUUUGUCCAGGAUCUGUCUUUGGAUUGUUCCAGAUCCACUCAGCUCUGAUCUACUUCAGAUACACAUGCCCCCCCCCCCAGCAUGCAUCAGUCCACAUACAGCUCAGUGACCCAUACAGGGAGGAGAAUAAUUCAAUACUUCAGAAUUGAACGAGAAGAUUGGACUCCAGACUGUAAAUCUCACCACUACAUCACACAGAGGGACCAAAGAUCUGAGCCGAGGAGGAUUUUAUUUAAAACCACACCUCCUUAUAGAAAAUGUGAACAUUUGAACUUCCUGAAGAACUCUGGGAGGAAGAUCACUGAUGAACAUCAGAACAAACAGGAAGUGAACCUCAGAGGAGCUGAUGUUUCCAUGAGGCUCCAACCUUAGACUGGUUAUUAGACUCACUCUGACCUCGUGGUUCUGCAGGGGUCACGGAUUUAAGAUCAGGGAUAAGGUCACCUGGAGACAUUGACCUGGUCAGUGAGGGCGCCACCUACUGGUCAGAGCCACAUGAGAUAAACCUUUUUGGAAACUGACUGAGAGGAAUCUACAGACAUGAUGUCACAGAGAGGGUGGUGACAUCACAGAAAGGGUGGUGACAUCACAGAGAGGGUGGUGACAUCACAGAGAGACUGAUGACAUCACAGAGUCGGUGUUGAAUGAGAUGACUUGUCUUCUUCCGUUGGCAACAUCCACUUUUAAUCAAUGGGACCAAUUAGCACUUUGAACAUUUGUGAUCAAUCGAUGUUAACUGAUGACAUCAUCUUUUUUUUUAUCUGUGAGCAUGGACGGGAAGGAUUGACCUUUGACCUCCAGAGUUAAACUGUUAAUAAAUUUGACACUCUUACAAAACCUUACAUGGGACAACAGGGGAGGACAGGUGGAGCCUGAUGAGCACAGGGGAGGACAGGUUUAGGACAGGUGGAGCCUGAUGAGCACAGGUUUAGGACAGGUGGAGCCUGAUGAGCACAGGGGAGGACAGGUGGAGCCUGAUGAGCACAGGUGAGGACAGGUUUAGGACAGGUGGAGCCUGAUGAGCACAGGUUUAGGACAGGUGGAGCCUGAUAAGCAAAGGUUUAGGACAGGUGGAGCCUGAUGAGCACAGGGGAGGACAGGUGGAGCCUGAUGAGCACAGGUGAGGACAGGUUUAGGACAGGUGGAGCCUGAUGAGCACAGGUUUAGGACAGGUGGAGCCUGAUAAGCACAGGUUUAGGACAGGUGGAGCCUGAUGAGCACAGGUUUAGGACAGGUGGAGCCUGAUAAGCACAGGUUUAGGACAGGUGGAGCCUGAUAAGCACAGGUUUAGGACAGGUGGAGCCUGAUGAGCACAGGUUUAGGACAGGUGGAGCCUGAUGAGCACAGGUUUAGGACAGGUGGAGCCUGAUGAGAACAGGUGAGGACAGGUUUAGGACAGGUGGAGCCUGAUGAGCACAGGUGAGGACAGGUUUAGGACAGGUGGAGCCUGAUGAGCACAGGUUUAGGACAGGUGGAGCCUGAUGAGUACAGGUUUAGGACAGGUGGAGCCUGAUAAGCACAGGUUUAGGACAGGUGGAGCCUGAUGAGCACAGGGGAGGACAGGUGGAGCCUGAUGAGCACAGGUGAGGACAGGUUUAGGACAGGUGGAGCCUGAUGAGCACAGGUUUAGGACAGGUGGAGCCUGAUGAGUACAGGUUUAGGACAGGUGGAGCCUGAUAAGCACAGGUUUAGGACAGGUGGAGCCUGAUGAGUACAGGUGAGGACAGGUUUAGGACAGGUGGAGCCUGAUAAGCACAGGUGAAGACAGGUUAGGACAGUGAGGUUUGGUUCAAACAUGUAGACAAUCUACAUUAAUACUACACUAAACUUUUCAAACCUUCAUGAUUGGUUAUAGUGGCUCAUGGCUGUUGUUCUUAAUAAAAUUCACCUGGACUCACCUGGACUUAGAAUGCAGACAUGGACAGACAGCCCCACCCUCCCG